GUUUUCGCGACGGCAAAAGAUAAAACGGAUCUGGCCCUAGCGAGGGUCCUCUAACCCCAUCUGGCGCCGGCUUCAGGCGCGAUGCCGAAUUUUCCUACAAAUAUUUAAUACAUGCAUGGUCUAACACCCGUUUUCUGGGGAAGAACAGGUGCCUCGUGAGCCUUUUCCUUCCUUGCUCUCCUGCUGUUCCCCUCCUCCCCGCAAUCCCCUCCCUCGCCAUGGAGUCCAAAUCCCUCGAGGAUGGCACCACCAUCGACCCCAAGCAGGCAACGGCUUCGGUGGAGGAAAAGACUCUAGUCAAACCGCAGGGCUUCUUUGCCCGCAUCCGGUACUAUGAAGAGUCGCUGGACCGGAAAUUGGGUGUCGAGUCUCACAGUCUGGAUCGAGUCCUUCCCGAGCAUCGCCAGCCCCCCAACACCCUGGCCAUGGCCUUCAUCUGGGCGUCGGCUACUAUGAACCUCAGUUGCUUCAGCACUGGCUUUAUGGGAAAGGAGUUUGGCUUGAGUCUGGGGCAGACCAUCGCCAUUAUCAUUUGCGCGACGUUUCUGGGCGGUUGUCUCACGGGUUGGUGUGCUACAAUGGGUCCCGGAACUGGCCUUCGUCAAGUCGCCAUCUCUAGAUACUCCUUUGGCUUCUACCCGUCCUCCAUCAUCGCGGCGCUGAACGUGAUCGAACAGCUGGGCUGGGCUUCAGUCAGCUGCAUCACCGGUGGCCAAGCUCUGCGCGCUGUUUCAGACGGUCACAUCUCAAUGGUCGUUGGAGUCGUCAUUGUCGCCUGCGUCAGUCUUUGCUUCAGCUUUUUCGGAUUGAAGGCUGUGAUGACGAUCGAGCAAUUUAUCUGGAUGAUUGCCUUUGUCGUCUUCAUGAUCAUCUAUGGAGAAUCAGCCCACCAUGCCAGCCUUUCAGAUCCCUCUACCGUCUCGGGGCUUACAAAGUCCGGCAAUGUCCUGAGUCUCAUCAGUGUGAUCUACGGCUCAAGUGCAUCGUGGUGCUCUAUCGUAUCCGAUUUCUACGUGCACUACCCAGUCAACACCUCCAAGAUCAAGGUCUUUGUCUACACGACCCUGGGUAUCUCCCUCCCGACUUGCAUCGGAAUGCUACUCGGUGCAUGUAUUGCCUCUGCCCUGGACGAGAACCCCGAAUGGGCUGCUGCCUAUGACGAGGGAAUCGGCGAAAUCCUGCAGAUCAUCAUCUACCCCAGAGGAUUCUCCAAAUUCCUCCUUGUCCUCCUGGUGCUGUGUGGUAUCGGCAUGAACUGCAUCGCCAUCUACGCCGGUGCACUCUCCGCUCAGCUAUUCGCCAAACCAUUCCAGAAGAUCCCCCGGAUCAUCUGGACACUCAUUGUCUUCGCCUGCAUUCUUGUCAUCGGUAUCGCCGGCCGUGACCACCUGCUUGCCGUCCUCAACAACUUUCUUUCUCUGCUGGGCUACUGGAACACCUCCUUCUUCGUCAUCCUCUUCACUGAGCAUUACUACUUCCGCAAAGGUAACCUCGCCAACUACGACCUCGACGCCUGGAACACCCCAUCCCAACUCCCAGUCGGAUUCGCAGGUCUCACGGCGUUCCUGUGCGGUGCCGCUGGUUGGAUCGUCGGCAUGGACGAGACGUACUAUGUCGGAUCUCUGGCGAGAAAAAUCGGCACAGGCGGAGGAGACAUUGCCAACGAGCUCGCCUUGGUCUUCACCAGCGUAUCCUACAUCCCCCUGCGGACGUUGGAAUUGAAGUACAUCGGACGGUAGAUUAGUCCGACCAUCACUCCUGUACUAUAUUAUGAUGAAAAAGAACACCCCCAAUAUCGUGCUAAAUUAAUGCACGAUAUAAUAC